GCAUUGAUCGGCAUCCAGAAAUACAAAACCAGUUAUCAAUUGGCAAAGAGAGGAGAGGAGAUUAGGAGAAUAGGGUUCGAUAUUUCGAUUUUCGAUGGCGUCAGCGGCAAGUUCAAGCGCGGCAGUGCCAUUCUGGAGGGCAGCUGGUAUGACGUACAUUACAUACUCCAACAUCUGCGCCUCUUUGGUGCGGAAUUGCCUCAAGGAGCCUUACAAAACCGAAGCCCUAACUCGUGAGAAGGUCCAUUUCGCUGUGUCCAAAUGGACCGACGGCAAACCUCAGAAACCCACUAUUCGUUCGGAUACACCUGAAGAAUGAAAAGUGACAGGCUCAAUGAUCUCGGGGAACUGCUAUUCUGCCUCAACAAGGCGUUCUUCCACUUUUUAAAUUGAUAGCAGACUUUUCACUCUGAUGUGUAUGCCUCUCAUUUAAAGACAGGUUUCAACAUGAUUUUAUAUUUGGGAAGAGAGGUUAUGUAAUAAGGUCGUUGCUGCUACUCUUACUCUGGCUCUGCCUCUUGCUUCUAUAGCUUGAGUAAGGAAAUUCGAUAGACAGCUCAAACUUGACCUAUGUCCAACAAAGGUUUACAUUAGAGGAUACUCAUUUUUUUUAUCCUUACAAAGUGUCAAAGACAUGUUUUUGCCUU